UAACACUGCAGGAGGAUGAUGGAGUAACUUAAGACGUGUUUAGACACAGGUCGGCGAGGUAACACCUGACUUGAGACCUCUGGCACUUUGGAGGAGAUUAGAUUUCAGCAGGCCUGUGCAGUUGCACAUCUUAGUGACGCUUAUCAGCUGCUACACAGGUAAACGGGGUGUGAGAUCAGGCCAUGUGAUCAUGUGAAGGGCCUGCUCAGCUGAUCUGCAGGUCGUCGGAGGGGGAGAGGCUCUCCAGUUUCCAGGAGCAGCAUUAACAGAUUUAUGGUGGAGGCGGCUCUGCACCUCCCUGCUCAUACAUCAGCACAUGCUUUCUGAUAAAAGCAUAGCAAAACGUGCAACAAACACGAAAUACAAAACCAGAAUCGGUUGGUAUAACUCAGUGCUGUCUCCAUCCCUGCAAUUGUCGUACCCAGAUGACACCUUGGCUGUGGUGGUGCUCAGCACACCUGACAUGUUUGAACAAGCCUUCCUGCCCUUCCUGGAGCGGAGGGAAUACAAGGGACUGUGUGACCCCAUAGACCAGUGCGUCAGACAUUAUGUCACCUCUGCUGUUUCUCAGUGUUUUCCAGGACAGAAUGUGGAUGUGAGUUACGACUGCGAGAUGCUGCCCAACAGGAAACCGAAAUUCUUGGCGCAGACUGCUGCGCACGUAUCUGGAGCGACUUUCUACUACCAACAGUUGGAUGUCACAGACCAACCCUGGGCUGAAAAAAAAAUGUACGGCGUGUGUGUGCAUCCGAGGUUCGGGGGCUGGUUCGCCAUCAGAGCUCUGCUGGUUUUUGUAGACGUGACGGUGGGCUCUGAGCUGGUGCAGCCUGCUCCUCCCGACUGCGUUCCUUCCAGAGAGGACCGGAUACAGCUGUUGGAGGCUUUCAACUUUCGCUGGCAGGACUGGAGCUACAGGGACAUUGUUCCUCCGGUCCAGACUUACUCCCAGAAGCAGAGGGACUACUUCUCCACCCCGCCUGCUCAACGGUUUGCUCUGCUCAAGACUUGGGGUUUUCUGCCGAGUGAAGGCGACCCACCUGAUCCCACCUCGGACGCACAGUGUCAGGUGGGCGGACACGGCUGAAAGAGGAGACCGGCUGAAUUGCGGAUGCACGGCUCGCGUUUUACGAGCACAAACCUCUUGCCAGACGUUUAAUUAAUCUUGGAUGAAAUCCUUAUCUACCUGUAGCAUGUUGACAUGUUGGCAUGAGCUAGGUUGGAACACUUGCUUCUUCACUUUCAGCUCUGCGCUGCUGCUGCUAUGAUGUUUACCAUCAGAUAUUAACACUACUGUAAAGUAUAAAAAAGUAUAUCUAUGUUUAGUUUUGGGUUUGCCAACCAGUGCCUCUCCCAUUGCUUGAUGAUGGAUGAUGAAUAAUGGCGGAAGGGAUGUUGGCUCAAAAUAGCCUUUACUCUUUGAGCGUAAUUCAUAUUUUGCCUUGUUUUUAGGCCUUCUAAUGCACUUAUUUCUUAUUUUGUUACAAUGCAAUCUCUGGAUAUUCAAGUUGGUCGAGGAACUUUACCAACCACGUCCAGGUUUGUCCUCUUAGCAUCAGUGUGACUAGCACAUCACAAUGAAUGGCCUCCAUUGUUGUUGAGAGAGUUUGACAUUGGUGUUAACGGUUCAUAUUUUGACAGGGUGACUGUAAGGAAUUUAAGGUGCUCCACACCAUCUACUUCAUCUCCUUCUGCAUGGAAGGAUGAGAUGUAUUUUGUCCUGGGGUUUUUCUGGUCUAUGGUCACAUUUGUUUUUGAAGUCGUAGGGACCAUUGGCC